AUGCCUCGAGCCAUCAUUUCUCCCUCAGUACUCGCUUCCGACUUUGGUCAGCUCACCGCAGAAUGUAAGCGGAUGAUCAAGGGCGGUGCAGAAUGGCUUCAUAUGGGUACGCUGUCCACUGCUCUACACUUUGUGCCCAAUAUCACCAUGGGGGCGCCUGUGCUAUCCUGUGUCUCCAAAGGUGUACCAGGAAUCUUCAUGGACUGCCAUAUGAUGGUCGCGCAGCCAGAGAAGUGGGUCAAUGACAUCGCCGACGCCGGCGGAUCGCUAUACUGUUUCCAUCUUGAGGCUACCUCCGAUCCGCUACCCAUUAUCGAGGCUAUACACAGCAGGGGGAUGAAGGCCGGUGUUGCGAUCUCUCCGGACACCCCCUCCGCAGCCGUGGCCGACGAUGUAGCCGCAGCAGCUGACAUGCUUCUAGUUAUGACAGUCUACCCAGGCCGAGGGGGACAGAAAUUUCUUGAUAGAUGCCUACCCAAGGUCACCGAACUUCGUGCCCGAUUCCCUGACAAGGACAUAGAGGUUGAUGGCGGAGUUGGUCCUGCUACCGUAGACGCCUGUGCUGACGCAGGUUCCAAUGUCAUCGUAGCCGGAACAGCUAUCUUCGGGGCCCAAGAUCCCGAGGGCGUUAUUGCGACACUGAAAGCGACAGUCAACAAGGCUCAAGCGAGGUUGGCGAAAUAA